GGCGAUAACAAUGAUGGGUCUGAUUGCUCCUCCGUUAUUGACGACGCCUCCAUCACAUCUGUGUCAGCUCUACCAAAUGUUGAGGAGCCCAUGUGUCAGGAGGAGGAGGCUUGUGUGGUGAAACCAGCCCUGGUACCAAGCCUUUUCCCACUCAUGCAGCCAACACUUUACUUCAGCACUGCCAACGAGAGAGUUGAGCAGUUGCCCCCGGAGAUGGCCGGCAUGCUCAAAUGGAAGAUGAGUACGGUCACACCAAACAUUGUCAAACACACCAUCGCCAGGUCUCACUUCAAGGCCACCAAGAAAAGCUAUGAUUGGCUGGGAUGUUGGGGACACCAUAUGAAGUCACCUGGGUUCAAGGCUAUUAGAGAAUAUCAGAAGCUGAACCACUUUCCAGGAUCUUUCCAGAUUGGCCGGAAGGAUCGGCUGUGGAGGAAUCUGUCUAAGAUGCAGGCUCGCUUCGGCAAACGGGAGUUCAAUUUUUUCCCACGGACCUUUGUGCUACCACAGGACAUCAAGUUACUGAGGAAGGCCUGGGAGGACGGAGGCAACAGACAGAAAUGGAUCAUUAAACCGCCCGCAUCGGCUCGAGGGAUUGGAAUCCAAGUUAUUCACAAAUGGAGUCAAAUGCCACGCAAGAGACCUCUGCUCGUGCAAAAAUACCUACACAAGCCCUACCUCAUCAGCGGUAAUAAGUUUGACCUGCGCAUCUAUGUGUAUGUGACCUCGUACGACCCUCUCCGCAUUUACAUCUUCAACGAUGGGCUUGUUCGUUUCGCAAGCUGCAAAUAUUCCUCCUCCAUGAAAAGCCUCGGCAACAAAUUCAUGCACCUCACCAACUACAGCGUGAACAAGAAGAACUCAGAGUACCAGAGCAACAGUGACGACAAGGCUUGCCAGGGACACAAGUGGGCUCUGAGGGCCCUGUGGCAGUACCUGGGAUCUAAGGGAAUAAACACCACACUGAUUUGGGAGAAGAUCAAAGACAUGGUCAUUAAAACCAUCAUCGCGUCGGACCCGUACGUGAACACUCUCAUGAAGAUGCACGUGCGUUCUCCGUACAGCUGUCACGAGCUCUUUGGUUUUGACAUUAUGCUGGACGAGAAACUAAAGCCCUGGGUGCUAGAGGUCAACAUCUCACCAAGCCUGCACUCUAACACGGCUCUGGACGUGAGCAUCAAGGGUCAGAUGAUCCGGGAUUUGUUGAAUUUGGCUGGGUUUGUGCUGCCCCAAAUGGAAGACCUUCUCCCUUCAAGUAGUGCCAGCAGCUCCACCAGCAGUCUCUGUGGAGGAAUAAGAGAGAGAUCCAAACCUGACCUGUCCACUGAUGAGAAGGUCAAGCGUGCCUUCUACCUUAGCCAGCGCUUUGGAGACCAGGACUUCUACUCCACAGUGCUGGACGUCCUGACCCCGGACGACGUGCGGGUUUUAGCCGAGAGCGAGGACGAGUUUAGCCGACAGGGCGAGUUUGAGCGGGUUUUCCCCUCUCCCUCCUCCUCACGAUAUCUGCGCUUCUUUGAGCAACCGCGCUACCUCAACAUCCUGCUCGACCAGUGGGAACAGAAGUACUGGCCAAACAGGAGCAAGGGUAUAAAUCUACUGCGGAGUGUCUGUCAGAAAGGAGUUCACCUGGGGAACCUGCUUGACUCCGCCCAUCAUUGGUCUUCCAAGCCCUACACUGGACACAAGAGUGACACCCCCAUCGCCCCAUCCCCUAAGUCAGAGUUGACAAGAUCAAGUGUGAUGGUCAGUAGUCAGUAUCUGAGGUAUCUCCCGGGUGAUGAUGAGUACUUGUCUGACCAUGAGGUUCAGUCUGUCACCUCCAGUCUGCCCGUCAUCACGCUCCUGGGAUCGGACGACCCCAGUCCCAGCCCUAGCCUCUCCUCCAGUUCCACGCCCAGCCUCGCCAGUGACAGUCUGCAGACUGGAGACCUCCUGUGACCGCUGCCCUCACAGCUGCUACACCGAAAACAUCCAGAUCUUCCAUCUAACGCACAAGGAUGCACACUCAGGAUUUGGCACAGGGAUGUUGUGUGCAUUCCCUGCUCAGACAGCUGCACUAACAUACACACUUCUUCUUCUGCUCUCUCUUUCUCUCCUCAGAGAGGGUUAUAUUACCCCUUUGUUAUGUGAGUAGUGGGAGGAGUGAGAGAA